CGUGACCUCACUGCCACCGUACGCAGACAAACCUCCAGCCUACUCUGCAGCUCCGGCGCCGUCACAGGAUAUGAGUCAUUCAGUGACAAGAGGCCAGAAACCCCGACAGACACAACCCCACUCAUUUCCUCCUCCUCCUUUGAUGACAAGACAGUGAGGCGGGGGUUCGUCAGGAAGGUGUUCAGCAUCGUGACUCUCCAGCUGGUGUUCACCUUCACCGUGGUGAGCCUGUUCACCUUCUGCAGCGUGGUGAAAGAGGCGGUGCAGACCAACCUGCCAGCGUACCUCAGCUCCUUCAUCAUCUUCAUCGUCGUCACCAUCGCCCUCACCUGCUGCAAGUCCUUCAGCAGGCGCCAUCCGUGGAACAUCGUGGGAUUGGCUGUGGUGACCCUGAGCAUGUCGUACAUGGUGGGGACCAUCGCCUCCUUCCACAACACCACUGCCGUGGUGGUCAGCGUGGGCGCCACGCUGGCCAUCACCAUCACCGCUGUCGCCUUUUCAGCACAGACGUGGUUUGAUCUGACCGUGUGGAACGGGGUUCUGCUGAUUCUGGCUGUGGAUCUGUUGAUGUUUGGAAUCUUCUGCUCGCUCCACAGCUACUACUACACCCCUAUCACUCACAUCGUGUACGGGUGUCUGGGAGCUCUGCUCUACUCACUGUUCCUGAUGUUUCACUGUCAGCUGAUGAUGGGAUGGAUGAGCGACUGCCAGGAUCCAGAGGAAUACAUCACCGCCGCCCUCAACAUCUACCUGGACGUGAUGCUCAUCUUCCUCUUCAUCCUGGGGAGGAGGUGAAACGGGACACAAACACAUACGCGCUGCAAAGUGGAGAAGUCCUCAUAGAAGAGAACACGCCCCCCCCCCCCCCCGCUUAUCGUUUUUGUUUUGUUUUUUAAAGUUAGACUGAUGGAAUAAAUGUAAACACAACAGACU